AGCUGUUGGUGCUGCUCGCUGCCACGGCAUGCCAAGCUGCGUCUCGAGGGAGUAUAUUCUUCCAGUCACAACUGCCGCCCUCAGAUAAGAGCUACAAGUUCCUCUUUCUCGUGCCCACGAUGCUUACGACGCACAUGCACACAAUGACUCCCAUCAUGAAUGGCCUGGCCAUGAGAGGUCAUCAGGUGACGAUGUUGAGCGACGCGAGCUGGCUGGAGCGCCACCCGAACGUGACUUACGUGGAUCAUGGGGCGAACCUCUCGUCGCCCUCAGACUGGCCGAUGUUUGAAUGCGUUUCCAAGCCGCACAAAUUCCUGUCGUUCAUGAUAUCCGUGUGCGGGGAGAUGGCAAUGAAGUUGUUCGAUGAUCCCGUCGUCAUGAAUCUUUACGAACGCAGGAAGGAAUUUGAUUUUGUCGUGUUUGACUUUUCAGCUUUCAUAGUAAUGUAUCCAUUUGGACAUGAAAUGACGUUUGCCAUCCUUUCGUCGUGGACGACGACUAAUGUUCAGAGCACCAAUUUCGGCAACCUUCUAAAUCCUGCCUUCGUAUCGAGCACCAUUUCGGAAUAUCCUCAGCCAUAUUCUACGUGGGAUCGCUUUAAGAACUUCUUCGAAACCAUAUUUUUUUCAAUGAUAUUUCGCUAUGCUAUACCAUUGGCCUCAGAAAAUUUGAUACAUAGUCGUUUCCCUUACCUGCCUUCUUUGGCGGAAGUGGAGCGAAACGCAAGCCUACAUUUCAUUCUUACGGACGCAGCGCUCGACGGUGCCAUACCACUGCUGCCACUCCAGAUUCCAUUGGGGGCCAUUGCGCUCCUGCCCUCGAAGCCACUACCGCUGGAAUUGGAAGACUUCAUUUCUGGAGAUACGCCAGUGGUCUAUAUGAGCUUGGGGUCCCUGUUUGGCAGGAGCGACCUCAUCCCUUAUGAAUUAAAAAAUAUAUUUUAUUCAGUCUUCGCAAGGCUGCCUUACAAAAUUAUCAUGAAAUUCGAAGAACAGCCUGCAACUGAAGUACCGAACCUUUUGAUUAAGAAGUGGUUACCACAGGUGGACAUUCUAGCUCACGGGAACGUGAAAGCCUUCAUAAGCCAUGGAGGACUUAACAGCGUCUAUGAGGCCGUAUUUCACGGCGUACCGAUCGUAGGCCUGCCAAUCAACGUCGAUCAUACAGGACGGAUUGAUCGACUCCACAACGACGGCCUGGGCAUAAAACUCACAUGGGAUACUCUGACCGAAGACGCUUUAUUUGACGCAAUUGUGGAGGUCGUGAGCAACGCAAGUUACCGCGAGAAAAUGGAAGUGAAGUCGCGACAGUUCCAGGACCAGCGGGAGAGUCCGCUGGACCGGGCCAUAUACUGGACGGAGUACGUGGCGAGACAUGCGGGGGCGCCGCACCUGCAGUCCCCCGCCAAGCACCUGGGAUGGGUGCAGCUGCUGCACUUGGACCUCCUGGCGCUCCUGCUGGUGCUAGCGUACGUCAUCUUCAAAAUCUUUAUGUGGAUCUUUCGCAACUUGUGGCAAAAAUGUGCGAAGCUUUGUAGGAGAUUCGGUGGAAAACACAAGAAGCAGUAACUGAGCCUUGUCUUUGAAGUGCGAUAACUCCAGUUUACAUAAUCAAAAGUGUGUUAUUAAAUAGUGAUGAGUCACACUGUCGUUUGGAAGCUUGAGCAUAAUCUUUUAGAGAAAUAGCGCAAAAAACCGUCGAGGAAAAUCUUAUUACUCGUCAAUGAUAGCCGUUUACACAAACGUUGUGCAUAACAAUUCGCUGCGCCAAAAUUUCAGAUGUAUGAAAAUUAAGGAAAUAUAUAUGAUAACGCAUCAUACUACUAAACAAAGUAAUUUAAUUUGAGGGCUGAGCCACCUUUAUUUAUGAUAUUUAACUUUAAUAUUUUGCUUUAGGCUGAUGAAAUUAUCUCGACAAGCUUCAAAUGAGCAUUCUGUGAAGAAAAAAAAUUUCCCAAAAUAGCUAAAUCGAUGCCCGCUUGCUUGUGAAAUGUUACAUUUGAAAUAAAUAAUUAGACUGCAUUGUAUUACAGUCACUAACACGUCGACUUAAGAGCUGUCCGAGAGUAAUUUGUGCAUACAAAUCCUCAUGUGUUCACAAGCAGACCCAGUUAGCUAUGAGUUCACGGUGUCACUGAGAGCUUGCCUUGACGCUGAGUCAGUUGAUUAAUCAGCAGAUGUGUCACGAGGACAAGAACCCGGUGAACGGAGGUACGAUGACUAUAAAAGGGCUGGGAACCUUAGUAAUGCCCCCCGCAGUAGUUGAUAAG